UCGCUUGGAGAAAUUUCGACCUCAAAAUUUAUUUUCCGGUUAAGAAUUCUUUUGCUUCUUUAUUUCUUUCCUUGCUCUAAAACGCCUCCCUUCCUUUCUGUUCGUGUGCAAUAGCACACCUACCAUUUUCUUGGAUACCCACUUGCACUUUUUUUGAUAUUCUGUCUCGGGUAUCUUUCAGACUCGCACUUUCUUCCAUUGCACCUUAAGGAGCAAGAAAUAGCCAUAUUCCUCAUCUGGGUAUAGGUUAUUUUGUGGGGCUCUUUUAAUCUUGCAAAGAAAAUGUUGGGAGCUUUAUCUGUGGUAGGCUCAUCUGUGGUGGACUCACAUACUAGUCCAUGUUUAUGUUUGGAUGCACUGCCUACAAGUAAUUUGAAUCUCAAGAAUAGUGGAGACUUGCUUUUACAAAGGAAUUCAAUGAAGAGAAAGCAACUGGUAAAGCCAGGGUUAUUGGUGUUAGGGAGUUCUUUUGUGGUUUCAUGGCAUGAUUGGAGGCUCUCAUCGAAAGCGAUUUCAGGUGUUGUUAGUACUAAGAGCUCAAGGAAGCAGAGAAAGGAUCGGAGACGUGUGUUUGUCUGCGAAUUGGGAGGGCAAUAUGAAGAUAGUUUUGUAGAUGUUAAAACGCAAAUACUCAACUAUUUCACGUACAAGGCAGUAAGAACUGUUCUUCACCAGCUCUAUGAGAUGAAUCCAACACAAUAUAGAUGGUUUUAUAAUUUUGUUGCAUCAAAUAAGCCUGGAGAGGGCAGACGUUUCAUCCGUACACUUGUGAAGGAGCACCAGGGCCUUGCUGAGAGAGUGAUGGUAACGCGGCUCCACUUGUAUGGAAAAUGGGUCAAGAAAUGUAAUCACGCUGAAAUAUAUCAAGAAAUCUCUGAUGAGAACUUGGAGUUGAUGCGGGAAAGGCUCAAAGAGACGGUGAUAUGGCCAUCAGAUGACUCAUAACAGGAAGAAGAUAGUUUGAAGAGGAGCAACUGUGAUUUUUCUCUUUCAUUUUCUUUCUACUGUUGGUUUAAGUGUAGAUACAUUAUACAUCUUUUGGUUCAAUGCCAACCAGUUUGGUUCCAAA